UUCAUCUAUUUAAUUUACCUUAUAAUUUUUCCUCCUAAUACAAUUUAUAAGAGCAAAGCAUACGAAUUUAAGCUCAAGUGGCAGCUGCAGUCCAAGAAAAAGAAGUCAUUUGGAUCCAAAAGUAGAGUACACUGGCUUUACACGAUCGAAGAAUCUGCCAGCAAAAAUCAAGCCCUUUCAUCGGUCCCAUUGAAUAAGGAAAACCGAACAAGCAAUUUUUCAGCUCUAUGGAGGCAGGGAAAAAAUAAGGAGAAAUUAGAAGCCUCGGAACCUGCAACAGAACGCUCUUUUAUAUACACAGGCUUGAUAAAUACUAAU